GCAUUUUCAGAGGAGGCUCAGCCCAAGUAUGAAGCACUGUCUUAUGUAUGGGGCUCCGAAGAAAAUCCAGCAACAAUCUGUGUCUGUGACAAGUCGGACGAUUCUCCGUUCAGCACUCGCAAGACUUGGACAUCGAUGCCCAUAACACGUAAUCUGGAGGUUGCCCUGCGACAUUUGCGAUACUCUGUUCGGCGGCGGGUAUUGUGGGUUGAUGCCAUUUGUAUAAAUCAGAGAGACGAUGAAGAGAAAGGUAGACAGCUUCCUCGAAUGGGAGACAUCUACCAACGGGCGCGGAGUGUAGCCAUCUGGCUCGGA